ACAUACAAUUUCCCUUUGCCUCUCUGCAGCUCUCGCUCUGAGUAGGAGCCUCUGGGAGCUUGAGGAGCAAGAGGGCUGGGAAGAGGGAUGGAGCUGGCCCAGAUUCCAGCUUCCACAUGGCUGAGCAGAAGCUGGGGCAGAGCAGGAGUACACAAAGGAGAGCUUUGACAGUGUCUCCAGCCAGGCAGGCCUCUCUCCUCUCCCCCCUACAGCUGCACUCACCCAUUCUGGGCCUCCCAGGAGCCCGACUUAAUGGGAAACUGUGGGCAAUGAGAAGUUCCUUGUGACAAACUAAUCCCGACCUGCUGACUGGAUAUGCCCCCGUCAAGGCUGCCACCAGAGCUCCAGGUCAGUGCAGGUACCAGGUAGCCCCAAGGAGGAGCUGCUGACCUGGCAGGGGACAACCAAGACACAGGUGAAAUCACACUGCCUUCAACCUGAAGAAACAGAAUUGGAACCCAGGUGCCGCUUCUGUUCUGCCUCUGGCUGCCUCUUAGAGCUGACUGGAAGUCCCAGCUUAGGGCCAGACCAGCUGCAGAGACCAGAUCGAAGGAAGCAGGACCCUUGUUUUCCAAGGGCUGUGUCUUCAGAGGGAAUAUGUCAGAGGGGGUGGGCACAUUCCGCAUGGUCCCUGAAGAAGAGCAGGAGCUCCGGGCGCAGCUGGAGAAACUCACAACCAAGGACCAUGGGCCUGUCUUUGGCCUGUGCAGCCAGCUGCCACGCCAUACCUUGCAGAAGGCCAAGGACGAGCUGAAUGAGAGGGCUGAGACUCGAGAGGAGGUGGUGCGGAAGCUGCAGGAGCUGGUGCAGACACAGGCGGCCUCUGGGGAGGAGCUGGCCCUGGCAGUGGCGGAGAGGGUGCAGGGAAGGGACAGUGCCUUCUUCCUGCGCUUCAUCCGGGCCCGCAAGUUUGACGUGGGCCGCGCCUAUGAGCUGCUCAAAGGCUACGUGCACUUACGGCUGCAGUAUCCUGAGCUCUUUAACAGCGUGUCCCUGGAGGCUAUCCGCUGCACCAUAGAGGCUGGCUACCCUGGUGUCCUCUCCAGCCGGGACAAGUACGGCCGAGUGGUCCUGCUCUUCAAAAUUGAGAACUGGCAGUGUGAUGAAAUCACCUUCGAUGAGAUCUUGCAGGCAUAUUGCUUCAUCCUAGAGAAGCUACUGGAGAAUGAGGAAACUCAAAUUAACGGCUUCUGCAUCAUUGAGAACUUUCAGGGCUUCACAAUGCAGCAGGCUGCCAGCCUCCGGCCAGCGGAUCUCAGGAAGAUGGUGGACAUGCUGCAGGACUCCUUCCCAGCCCGGUUCAAAGCUGUCCACUUCAUCCACCAGCCGUGGUACUUCACCACCACCUACAACAUGGUCAAGCCCUUCCUGAAGAGCAAGCUGCUCCAGAGAGUGUUUGUCCACGGAGACGACCUCUCUGGCUUCUUCCAGGACAUUGACAAGAACAUCCUGCCUGCUGACUUUGGGGGCACCCUGCCCCCAUAUGAUGGCAAGGUGGCUGCUGAGCAGCUCUUUGGGCCCCGGGCCCAAGCUGAGAACACGGCCUUGUGAGGCACUGCCACCAUCUGAGCUAUAGUUAAUAUCACUGGCCUCUCCUCCGCUGUCCCAGACCCAGGUUGGCAAAGGGCUGCCUGAGGUGACUGUAGUUUCCCUACCCUCCCUAAGCUUAGGUGAGUUCAGAGGUCACCUUCAUCCCAAGUUUGGGGAGGGACAGUAAAGUAGGGGGAGUCCCUUGAACAGAGGGAUUGGGGACAGUUAUAUCCCCAUCUGCCUCCGGAAGCAGUAGGACAGUGACUUUGUGUGAAGGUAAAUUUCAAAGACUCCAGUUAGGCCUCUCAAUAAUUUUCUUUGUCACAGAGCUUCACUGCUUAGGGUCUGUAAAAACAGACAAGGAACUGGGGUUAUUCCCCCAACAAUAAAAAGAGGAUCAAAGUG